UCCGGGUUCAUUUAUAUUCAGACCUCUUUAAUGUGUUUCUGAUCCCACCCUGACGUGGAAAUUGCCGCGAAUCCUUCCCAGACCACACUUGCAGCAACGUUAUGUUCAUUCCCGGGACUGUAGCGCACCUACUGGACAAUCGCGGUACUGUAGGGGUUCAGCAGCUCCCUGAAGUGAAGGAUCCCGAACCAGGAAGUGCCGGGAAUGAACAUGGCUUCGAAAGGACAGGUCGAGAGUUUAACCGAGGAGGUAAUUUGUCCUAUCUGCCUGGAUUUCUUCACCGAUCCUGUUAUACUGGAGUGUGGACACAACUUCUGCCGCUCCUGUAUCACACGGUGUUGGGAAAGGGAGGAGAGAAACUCCUGCCCGGAAUGUAGAGAGGAGAUUGCAGACCGCAGCCUCAGGAUCAAUCGGGCCUUAGCAAAUCUGUCUGAGAAAGCUCGAAAACUAAACCUGAAUCGGAAAGAGAAGGAAAGUAAACUUCACUGCGAGGAACAUGAGGAAGAACUGAAGCUGUUUUGUGAGACGGACAAGACACUGAUCUGCCUGAUCUGUGCGACUGCGCGGGAACACAAGUCUCACAACUUCAUGCCGGUUAAAGAAGCCAUUAAAAUUUACAAGGUAAAAACAACCCGCUUUCUACCGUCUUUUUGUCUGAUCCAAAAGUGUCAUCUUUUUUGUCUAAUCCAUUCACUCUCUGAUUCCCAGGAUCGGGUUAAAUCUUCCUUAGACUCUCUCACAAAAAAGAAAUCGGACUUUCAGGAAAUGGAGCAACAACAGAAAGAGAAGAUUGCUGGAGUCCGGGAACAGUCACACAACGUUCAGUCCCACAUCACAUCCCAGUUUGCUGAACUGCGCCGGAUUAUCACCGAGAAAGAGCAGCGCGCGCUCCGAGAUCACAGGGAAGAAGAGGAGAGGAUUCUAAGUCCAAUGAAGAAAAAUCUUCAAGAGAUUCAAGAGAAUUUAAAUUCCAUCCAGGAGGAAAUCUCAAAGUUACAGGAACGGAUGGAUCAACAAGACAAUAUCAUAUUCCUCAUGGAGGAAGCUCGUCGGAAGAGGAGGAUUAGUGAUGAUAACCACGCAUUGUCAGUGACAGAUGGUGCCCUACUGGUUGAAAAAUUCGAUCACCCCUAUUUGCUCGACAAGGUGUCAGAAGAAGCAAUUGACAGCAUUAAACAAGUCUCUGUCACCCUGGAUGUGGAAACGGCGCAUCCGGAGCUCGAGGUGUCUGAGGAUCGGAAGAGUGUGAGACGGACCUGGACCCGGAGGAGUCUACCUGACACCGGGAAGAGGUUCACAUACUGGCCUUGUGUGCUGGGAUCGGAGGGGUUCACAUCGGGGAGACAUUACUGGGAGGUGGAGGUGACGGGGAAUCGGUGCUGGGGUCUGGGAGUCGCCGCAGAGUCUGUGGAGAGGAAGAGACGGGUCAGACUGAGUCCGGAGACCGGAUUCUGGAUCAUCGGGCGGGAUGGUGACGAGAUGUGGGUUCUCACCUCCCCUCUGUCCCGUCUCUCUGCCGGUCCCAUCCACGGGAGGGUGGGAGUUUAUCUCAGUUACCAGUCUUGGACGGUUUCAUUUUACAACGCGGAGACCAAGUCCCAUCUCCACACCUUCACUGGGAAUAAAUUCACGGGGAAACUUUAUCCUUUCUUCUGGACUGUAUAUACAAACGAGUGGCUGAGAAUCUGCUCCGGUUCCGCUUCGGGUCUGUAAACGGGUCGGGUCCGGUACCGGCGUCAGGAGUAAGUCGGUGUAAUUAUAAAUGUGCGGAGAGUGAAAUAAACACGAUGUGAGAAUUAUUGAUCCAUUAAUUUUAACUUGUUCACCGCAUUCCUCAACGGAACAGAAACACUGCGGAUUCAGCAGCAGCCGCGGGCGGCGGGUCCUGAGCUCCCGGGCUCCCCCGGGUGCUUAAGUCCAUCGGGACUGACCGGGUAACCGGGACAAGUGGUGGUGGU